AUGGAAUUGAUAAAGAAACCGUUAUUAAUUCUAUCCGUGAUACUCGUUUCGAUUUCAUUAAACGUUCCAUCAAAAGGCUCGCCGCCUACUCCACCGUUUCCGGAACCUGUUUACAAUCUAAUAUUUUUCGGGAGUCUCGCUGUGUUCAUCACUAACUCAUAUGAUCGUCCUUCAUCAUUUUUUCAAUGGAUGACACUACUGGCUUCCUUAAUCUCAUAUAUCACCGUUCCGCUAGUAUAUGCACGAGAGUAUUCAUGUCCUACAAAGUCAUUGACUACAACAAUGGCCGGUUCCUUUGGUGUCAAGAUGCUAAUAUGGCUAAGAGACUGUCUUGAAUCACCUAAAACCGUAACUCCAUUCUGGUGGGGUCUGGUGAACUGGCGGACUAUCAAACCGUCAGACAAGGAUCAACAGCGCAAAUUAUCGACAAAUUCGGUAUCUUUGGAGCAGCGAUUUAUUUCAUUUAUGACCGUGUGGGCGACCUACGUUCUCUGCGCUCAAAUUCUUGAAUUCUUUCCACCUGAAGUACCAAAUAAGCCCUAUGUACUCCGAGUAAUCGAUUUCAUUCGCACGGGAAAACCGUUUAUAUCUCUGCAUGCAUUAUUGUAUUGUUACAUUUACGGAGGAGCACUUGCAGUAUCCAUGUCAUUCCUCUACGAAUUGAUCUUACUACACGCGGCAAUACUAUUCCGCGUUCUCUGCAUGAAACCAAAAACUCCAUUACACGCACUUCUCACGCCCUCUCAGCAAGUAUCCCUAAAGGAAUGGCUAAGUUCUCUCUUGUUCGAUGCUAAGCCGCUCUUCAAUUAUCCGAUUCUAUCUUCUGGACCAAUCGACUUUUGGAAAAACAGAUGGCACUCUGUAUGUACGGAAAACUUUAGCAACCUAGGUAGCAUGUUCGCCAGAAGAUUCGAGAAAGGAACACGCAUAAGAAAAAUGAUGGAAGUUGUGGGAACGUUUUUCGUAAGCGCGGUGAUACAUGAAUACUAUUCAGUUUCAGUGCACGGGAAGAGCAGAGGAGAACAUUUCUCUUUCAUCUUGUUUCAUGCAUUAGUAAUUAUCGUCUGGGAGAACGUUUGGGGAUUGUGGAGGAAUUUGGGGGUUGCUGAAAGAAAAGGACGCAAUACAGAGAAUGAGAAAAAGGAAAGAGAAGAGGGUGCUGCGAAGAAGAUGCUGAAACAGAUAGCGAAGAUAUUGGGAUGGAAUCUGAUAGUGCUGUUGAGUGCUCCAUGGUUCUUUGAACGUUAUAUCAGAGAUGAAUACUAUCAUUGCAUGGCUCAUUUUGUGUGUGUGAAGGACACAGUAGCUUCGGCAUCUACACAUUGA